AGACUCGUGGGGUUUUGGGGUUUUGGCGUCCAGUCCUGGGGGGCCGCAGGGCUGAGAGUUCUUUCCCUUCUCGUCAUCGCUCCAUCCUCUUCCUCGCCUUCCUCGCGUUGUCUUCAGGGAAAAAAAAAAAAAAAGAUCCUUUGCUUUCGCCUAAUUUGUCGACUUGCUUUUCCUUUUUUGCUAAAUUUCGCAAUCAAACUUGAGAAAUAUUUCCCCUCCCCGAUGGUCAUUUAAACGUGAAAAUAAAACAGCAAUAAAAGUCUCCUGAUCUCCUGGCAAGUGUUUUUUUUUUCUGCGUAUUUGCUCCGUCUGUCUACCACUUUUUCAAACUCGCAGAAGAGAAGAAGUCGAAAAACCGCAGCGGCUUUUCUUUUCCCGACGGACAUUCUUCUUCUCCUUCUUUGUUUUUGUUUUUUUUGUCUGGCGGCGGCGCGGACGAGCUCGGGUCUUCUGGGAUGUUCGGGAUUCAAGACGGCCUCCCACGGGGGUCCACGGCGAGCCUGAAGGAGGAGCCGCUGGCGGUUCGCUCCUGGAUGCACUCGAGCGGCGUGCUGGACGCCAACACGGCGGCUCAGAGCGGGGUGGGGUUAGCGCGAGCCCACUUCGAGAAGCAGCCUCCGUCCAAUCUGAGAAAGUCCAACUUCUUCCACUUUGUGCUGGCGCUGUACGACCGCCAGGGUCAGCCUGUGGAAAUCGAACGCACAGCUUACGUGGACUUUGUGGAGAAGGAGAAGGAGCCCACGGCAGAAAAAAGCAACAACGGAAUUCAUUACAAACUGCAGCUUCUCUACAGCAACGGUGUCAGAACAGAACAGGACCUCUACAUCCGACUCAUUGAUUCUAUGACCAAACAGGCAAUCCUCUACGAAGGCCAAGAUAAGAAUCCGGAGAUGUGCCGAGUUCUGCUGACCCAUGAGAUCAUGUGCAGUCGCUGCUGUGAUAAGAAAAGCUGCGGGAACAGAAACGAGACGCCGUCAGACCCCGUCAUCAUAGACAGGUUCUUCCUCAAGUUCUUCCUCAAAUGUAACCAGAACUGUCUGAAAAAUGCUGGAAACCCACGAGACAUGAGGAGGUUCCAGGUGGUCGUGUCCACCACUGUCAACGUAGACGGCCAUGUCCUCGCCGUCUCAGACAACAUGUUUGUACACAACAACUCCAAACAUGGCCGCCGAGCUCGGCGAUUGGACCCGUCUGAAGCAGCCACUCCUUGCAUCAAAGCCAUCAGUCCCAGCGAGGGAUGGACGACGGGCGGGGCCACAGUCAUCCUGAUUGGGGAUAACUUCUUUGACGGCCUUCAGGUGGUUUUUGGGAGCAUGCUGGUGUGGAGCGAGCUCAUCACCCCCCACGCCAUCCGCGUGCAAACUCCUCCCCGCCACAUCCCCGGAGUGGUGGAGGUCACGCUGUCCUACAAGUCCAAACACUUCUGCAAGGGGGCGCCCGGACGCUUCAUCUACACAGCAUUAAAUGAGCCCACCAUUGAUUAUGGCUUCCAGAGGUUACAGAAGGUCAUUCCUCGUCACCCUGGAGACCCAGAGAGGCUGCCUAAGGAAGUGCUCCUGAAGCGAGCUGCCGACAUGGUGGAGGCGCUGUACGGGAUGCCUCACAGCAACCAGGAGAUCAUCCUGAAGCGAGCGACAGACAUCGCCGAGGCGCUCUACAACGUUCCCCGGAACCACAGCCAGAUCCCGCCGCUUGGCAACGCGGGUUCCCACGGCAUGAUGGGCGUGAACUCCUUCAGUGGCCAGCUGGCGGUCAACGUCUCCGACACGGCUCAAGUCGGUUACAGCCGCAACACCAGCAGCGCGUCACCCAGGGGAUAUGCCCCCAGCUCCACCCCCCAGCAGAGUAACUAUGGCAACACCAUCAGUAGCAACAGUUACGGCAACGCUACCAUGCCAAACCUCGGCGUGACGUCUUCGCCGAACUUCCUCAAUGGAUCGUCUGCCAACUCGCCCUACGGCAUUGUUGCGUCCAGUCCCACAAUGGCGGCCUCCAACUGUAGCUCCGCCCACAGCGUCUUUUCCUUCUCUGCCAGCGUGAAACAGAAGAGCGCCUUCGCCCCUGUGGUCCGACCCGCCUCACCCCCUCCCCCGCCCCCAAACUGCUCGGCCAACGGUGGUUUACAAGCCAUGUCGGGCCUCGUCGUACCGCCAAUGUAGAAAAUGUCCCCAUGGAAGAAGAGGACGGGAAUGAAGGAGGCGUGUCUCCAAAUGUCUGCGGGGGCGUGACCCCACGCUGCAGCUGACCUAUCCGAGCAGUCUAAACAGUAUAAAAGCGUUUCAUCUGAAUCGGGCUGACUCCGCCCAUGCAUUUUUAGCCGUGUCUGUUAUGACCGUGUCUCCUGUAAGUCCCGCCUCUCCCAAUAAAGCACCGCCUCUUGCACAUGAUCCCCGCUUGUGAAUUCUCGCUGUGAUUUUUGAUUUUUUACCAAAGUUGUUGUCAAAGUGCUUCAUUCAGAUGCUGCGCCCUGUGAAAUCAUG